GAGGUCGCGUCGAGUCGCGAACGACUCCAAUUUCGUCGUCGCGUGGUCAUCGUCACUGGUGACCGCCCAUUCACCCUGGAAACACCCGAGAGAAGGGGAUACAGCACCAGCACCUCGCGGUGGUAUCUGGCAUCUCGUGCGCGGAGGAUGAUGCCUGCUCUCGCACGGAAUUCGCGUCGAGAUCGCCGAGUCGUAUGACGAUUUCGCACGGCACGCGUGAACGCCUGCACGCCCGCAGUUAUGCGCUUCCAUUGUGAGAAUACAAGUGCUUUAUGGUGAUAAUAUGUCAAAACCAAACAUAAGGAAGAUAACGGCUGACCCCACGAAAUGUAAUACAGACUCUUUACGACGGCCGAGUGUGUUUGAGAGGUUGGGCACGAAACCAGCGAUCGCCGCCGCCGCCACCGCCGCUGCCGCCGCCGCUGCCGCUCAGAGUACAUCGGAUUAUUGCAGAAAUUGGGCCCUCAACGGCAGUUGUUCCUACGGAAAAAGUUGCAAAUACGCAAACACUCAUACAUUGAUAAGUCCAUCCAAACGUGCUAAGAAAGAUAAUGCAAUCGCAGGUACAUCUGGGCUCAUCGAGGAUCCUUUCAAACGGCUCACAUCCAAGAUUGUGAAGAAGGCAUCGCAUAGUCCAGAUUUAAACAUAGAAGAGUGGAAUCAGACAGACCUCGAAUACGAAGACGAGAAGGUGCUGGAGAGACGGCGGCAAUUGUUACAACGGGAAUUGGAAUUACAAAUGAAGAAAGAUAAGGAAGUACAUGGCAAGGAUAAAGUAAGGCAGAAGAAAAAAGCGAUGAGCUCCUCCUCUAGUUCGCGCACAUCCAGUACAUCUAGUAGUAGCAGCAGCUCCAGUAGCGAAGACUCAUCUUCCACAUCAACGUCGGACUCCCAUAAGAAAGUUAAAAAGAUCAAGACCAAGAGACAUCAUAGUAUUUCCGCCGAUUACAGUGAAGAUAAAGAGAGAAAAAGAAAAUUGAAACUGAAAAGACUAGGAACGAGAAAUGACAAAGCUGUUAGCAAGAAGAAACGUAAACUGGAGAAUAGUUCUGCGAAGAAAGAUCUUACCGUCAACAGAUCAAUCAAGAAAUAUGGCCCGUCAUCUGUAUCCAGGAAGCAUUCCACUUCGUUACGCGCUAGAUCACCCGCGAUACAACAGGGAUCUACAAGUGGAGUCACAUCAACGACUGCCGCAACGUUGGGCUCGCAGGUUUCUGUGGCCCAUCAUAUAUCGUCGUCCAGCAAAAUUCGGGAGAGAAACAGAAGCGAAUCGCCGAAAGCAAUGAAGGGUAAUCGAGAGAUGGACAAAGAAGACGGUAGACAUUAUAAGAAGGUGCGCGACAUGGACGAGUGUCUGUCUAAAGAUGCUACUAAGUGCAAAUCAUUCGAUAAGAUCAAAGAGCAACAAGACAAGGAGAAGAAUCGCGCUAUUGAUGAAAAGACCAAAGCGGACGAUCGGUUAAGAGCCAAGUGCAAGGAUAAGGAUGUACGUUCGCGUACGCCGCCGCCACCGCCUUCAUCGGAACGAUCGUCCAAGUAUCAACACGUCAAGGAAAGUAUAUCGUCGAAAACGCGACGUAGUCGAACGCCUGACAAGACACCAUCGAGAACGAGACGUGAUCUCACUCCGGUCAAGAAUCCGGAGAAGCAAGGCGGUUCUUCGAAUCGCGCAAGAGAUAUAGAGAAGAAGGAUCGCGAUUCACACAAGAGAGAUAAAAGCAAAGAGCGGGAUGACGGAAGAAAAAAUGAGCCGACGUCCUCCGGCAAGGCAAAACAGACAGUGACUUCGAGUCAGGACGAAAGUUAUCGAAGGAAUAACGUGAACAAAGAUAAUUUUGACGAAAAAACUUACGGCGAUAAGGCACGACAGAAAAGCCGCGAACAUCAACGCGAGAAGGAGACGAGAGAUGAACGCCAUUCAAGACUGGUCCGCGAUCAACGCCAGGAGCCUCAACGUGAAAAGGAUAAAGACGAAUCUCAGGAGCGUUGUCGUAAUGAGAGGCAACGCGAGCGGGAUCGCGAUCGGGACCGGGAUCGGGAGAGAGAACGCGAACGUGACAGAGAGAGGGAUAGGGAACGCGAACGAGAACGGGAGCGCGAUCGCGAGCGAGAACGGGAACGGGAGAUACGAGAACGGGAUCGUGAGCGGGACAGAGAGAGGGAAAAAUCCAUAAAGUCGCGAGAGAGAGACGUACCUGCAGUGAUUCCAUCUGCGACGUUGAGCCUAUCGACGGACAAGAGUUCGCGUUACGGUAACAGAAUCAAGGAACGACCUCUGGGCAAGGACGUGUCAUUUGAAAAGACUGCUGGCACCCGCGAGCGGAGUAGGAGCGAGCGUGAACGGGAACGAUCCGAGACGAAGGCUCUUGCUGAGCGGGAACGGAGUUCUACGCAGUCACGUCUAGAUGGAAGAUACGAGAGAAGCGGCGUUAUCGAGAAAGAUGUAUCUUCGAGUCGCAGCAAGUCGACUGUCAAUUCGCCUCGGGAUCGCAUGGAUCGUUUUCGAGAGGCGUCUUUAGACCGUGCGUCCUUGCACGACAAGAGCGGGCAUGCCGCGACAUCGUCGAGCAUUCAGUCGACAGCGACGUUACCUGUGCCUCCGGUCUCAUCUUCGUCGACUGUGGCACCACCAUCCUCUCGUGAUCAUUUAAUGGACAUAGUGGACGGUCACUACGAUAGAGAUCGACACAGAAGAUUCGGUGUGAGAUAUGAACGAGGUCACGCGUCGGAACACACCAGCAGAAAGGAUCAAGCGCGAAUCGAAUCGAGUCGUGUUCCAAGCAAAAUUGAUCGGAUAGUGGAUCGUCGAGAUGCCAACAGUCCGCGACACGCUAUAGAAGUGGAUAGGAACUUUGGUAGGAACUACGGCAGAAUGCCGGAGCACUGGGACGAGCAAGAAGAAGCGACUCCACAUGUCGAGUAUAGAGAGCACGCUCACAUCCACGAGGAUGAUAGAAGAAAGGCCAUUGAAGGUAGAAGAUAUGAUAGUCCGUUCGAGGAAAGACGCGUUGCUCGUGAUGAGAGAUCUAGAGAAUCGAGAUACGUGAUUCAAACUACGGAACGAGCGUCCUUCGAUGACCAUCGUCAUCAUCACCAUCAUCACCGGCAUCCUCUUUACCCUGGCGACAAGUUGAGAAACAGUGGAGCCAACAUUAGAGAUGAAACUGUUUCCAACGAUAAUUGGGAAGGACAUCAUCGCGAUGUGGAACAUGGUCCACGAGAUCGUGGUUAUCAGCCAGUGGAAUGGGAGGAGAGAGAAUGGCGCACUAGAACAGUAUGGGAAGGCAGAGAUAGUCUUCCUCGUUCGGAGGUACAUGAUGACGAAUGGAAUUCUCGAUAUGACAAUUCUAUGGGCGACUGGAAGACCAAUGAUGCACGGAAAUGGGAUAAUCAGAAUGUGCACGUUCGAUCACAUUAUAGAAACGAACGCUCGAAAGAUUUGGAACACGGAGAACCCACACAACACAGAUUACUAAUUGCGAUUAAUUCUUAUAGCAAAAGGCGAUCGUAUAAUGCGCCAGAAUCAAGAGAAGAGCCCGCGAUUCAUCCUUCUGCCAAGCAAGCUGCUAUUUAUGGCAGCAUGAAAGAAGAACCUAUUAAUAAGAAGUUGAUGGAACUCGCCGAAGGUAGAUUGUGUACAACUACCAGAGAAAAAUCCUCGGAUAAUUUUCAAAAAAAGAACUCGCAAAAAGACAAGUCUGAAGUCAAAGAAUCUGUCCCAGUGGAACCGAAGCGUCCUGUCGCUGAUGAAUCCUUGCAGACUCUUCAUACUGAGAGCGACUUGAGUGAUAUUAGCGAUGAUCCCGAUGAUAUAUUAAAUAUGGAAGAAGAUACCACGGAUAUAGAAACUAAUAAAACACGAACAAAUAAGAAAGCACCAGAUACUACGAAUCGAGAUGCACAAUCAACUACACAAGAAUCGGCUCAGUUAUCUCCAAAAGAACCUGCGGAAGAAACUAUUUUUAGUUCCAAGUCUAAGGAUAAUGCCGAUACCGUGUCAUUGAAGAAUAUGGAAGAUGACAAUAUGGAAACUAUGGACUUUGAAGAAAUUUCUGACGGUGAACUAGAAGAAGACAUCAAAACAAGCGGUAAAGGAUUGGGUGAUGCCUUAGGAGUCGAUUGGGAGUCUCUCGUGAAGGAAACACAAGCGAAAAGAAAUGACUCGUCUAAUCAAGAUUCCACGGAAAGUCGAUGGCAAUGUAGAGCCAUCUUUUACAGAAUUGGUAUAUCUAAAAAAUAUGCGGGUGACGAUUUUGUGAAAAAACUAUUAAAAAAAUACGAAAAAAAUGAUCAGAAAGAAUUUUUACUGAGUGAUAUUGCACUAAUGCACACAGCACUUGCGCGAAAUCGAUUGCUUCAAGAUUUAGGUAAUAAUGCAAUGCAUACUAUAGACGAUUCUUUGUACAGAAAUCAUAAUGCAAGCUACGAUGAAGACGUGGAUUACGAUUGGGAAACAUUGAAGCCAAGUACUGCUUUGUACGAAGAAGCGAAAUGUUUAUUGCAACAAGUGACACGAAAGGAUAAUGAGAUUUGUACAUAAAGUUAUAAAUAACUGUUUUCCUUCUAUCAUCACAUAAAUUAUACAUACAGAAUGGGAUUGGGUGCAAGCAACAAAUUUUACAGUAAUUUAAAUUCAUCAAAAUCAUUGAAGAGUAUACAAGCUUCACGAAGAAGCACGAAUAUGUUAUUAAUUUUCGAACAUUUUGUUAUAAGGUAUGAUCAUUCUCAAUUAUAUUAUUUCCAUCUUACUGUAUAUAUACUUUUUCCUUCAUUAAUAUUUCUCAUCUUGCAAUAGAUUUUAUCAUAACGCGAUUUAUAAUUGACAUGUAAUUAAAGAUUUGAAUAUAAUUUCCAUUUGAACAUUUACAUUUUUAUUUUGAUAAAGAUUAUUAAUGAAUGUUUUAAAUAUCAUAUUUAUCAUACAAGUAUAUAUACAUUAUAAAUUUUUGUAUUAUAUACGAUGUAUACUUUGUAAAUUAAAGUAUAGAAUCAAUUAACCU